CACCACAAGCUAGGUACUUGAGUAGAACAAAACCGCCGCCAUUUCGACUUUGUAAUUAGUUGUAUGAUUCUUCCUUCGACAACUAAAAGUUCGAAGUUGUAGCUUUCUAAUCCUUCACCAAUUCUCAUAGAAGGAUCAAUAAGCUGCACAUCUAGUGGCUCGGCCUUUCCUUAAGCUCUGCGCGUCAUGAUGGGGGAUGGUAAUAGUAGGAAGUAUGGUCUCUUACAGGAUCUUUUAUUGAUCGUUGUGUCUGUGAGUAUGCCAGAAAGCUCUUCACCUCGUAGUUUAUAGCAACAACUAAUGUAUUUGGUACUUGAAGACAGCAUCUUUUUACUAUGUCGCGAAGAGUUUAAUACCAGCUUUACCCUUUCAGAACGAUGCGGAGAAAGAGCAGCAUGAAGAAGCAAGAUUAAAAGCCGCGGCAAAUCUUCGAAGAUUAAAUAGGAGGGGUAGUGAUGAUGAAUCGGACUCAGAAGAAACAGUUUCGGGGAAGAAAAACUCGCGCCGUCCUCGCAAAGAGGAUUUAAUCCUCGAUCAAUAUGAAAAUCAAAUUGCAAUGGAAGUUGUAGCCCCGGAAGAUAUACCCGUUGGCUUCGACGGUUAGCACCCUCUUUCAAACAGUAAUAUGGCGAUGCUAAUGUUAUGUAGAUAUUGGUGGCUUGGACGACAUAAUCGAAGAAUUAAAGGAAUCCGUCAUUUAUCCUCUCACUAUGCCUCAUUUAUAUUCGCAUUCGUCCCCUCUUUUAUCUGCACCUUCCGGUGUAUUACUAUAUGGUCCUCCAGGAUGCGGCAAAACUAUGCUGGCAAAGGCUUUGGCGCAUGAAAGUGGAGCUUGCUUCAUCAAUCUGCAUAUUUCGACGUUGACAGAGAAGUGGUAUGGUGAUUCAAAUAAACUUGUUCGCGCAGUGUUUUCUUUAGCCCGGAAAUUGCAACCUAGUAUUGUGUUUAUCGAUGAGAUUGAUGCAGUUUUGGGACAAAGACGGAGUGGUGAACAUGAAGCCAGUGGUAUGGUGAAAGCAGAGUAAGUAACACUGCUUCAAUUUUUCGCAACUCCAGCUCACAAAUUUAGGUUUAUGACACUUUGGGACGGACUUACUUCAUCGAAUAAGAGUGGAUUGCCAGAUCGGAUUAUGAUCCUGGGUGCUACAAAUCGAAUGCAAGAUAUCGACGAGGCGAUUCUGCGAAGAAUGCCUAAGAAAUUCCCAGUUUCAUUACCAUCGAAUUCGCAAAGAAGGCGGAUUUUGGAUUUAAUAUUAAAAAACACCAAGACUGAUCCAAACGACUUCGACAUCGACUAUCUUACAAGAGUUAUGGCUGGUAUGUCAGGAAGUGAUAUCAAGGAGGCGUGCAGAGAUGCCGCUAUGGUUCCAGUUCGAGAAUUUAUCAGAGAGCAAAGGGAAAGUGGUGUGUCUAUGACUAGUGUUGAUUCAUCGCACGUUCGAGGAGUUAAGACAGAGGAUUUCUUCGGUAGAAAAGGAGGGGGACAAAUCAUUAAGGAUAAUCAUGCACGACACAUAGCAGCAGCAAGUACUUCUACGAAAAGAGGUACAAAUUCUAGUGAUGGAUACGAAGAUGUUGAAGAGAGCAUUACUGAAUCAAUGGAUUAACGACUUCAUCAGGUACAUUUGGGCACAUAAGUACAAUUGCAUUGUAACAUAGUAACAUACUUUUGCGGGGCGUUAGAGGGGAUGGAUUUGUAUUGAUGUAGAAACAAAGAAAGGAUAACUUUCUCUUUCUCUUCCUGAAUGAAAUUAUUAUUCAUGAUCACGGUUAU